GCGGCCUGUUUCUCUCUCUACUACUCACACCAUUUUCACCGCUCCCACUCCUUCGGCAGUUGCAACGGAUCCGUAUUCAAUGCCCCCGCCCUUCUCUCUCUCUCUCUGAGCCAAAAACCAAAAAGAUUCUCUCUCAUCUCUCUGCACCAUCUUCAUCUUGUUCUGAUAUUUUACUUUUUUAUUAUAUUCCAGUUACUCAGUGAAAGCUACAAAAAUUUGAAUCUAGGGGCUACUUAGCUUCUUGUCCGUGAUUUUCUGCUCUUUUCGCCGUUUUCUCCGCCGGAUGCUUUCUUUUUCCCUGCAUUUUCCAUCUCCAGCUUCACUCUGCUGUUCCUGAGCAGCCAUGGAGAAGAUUCGCCACAAGAGGUACAAGAUCGCCAGUAUUGUUGAUCGGAGCUCCGGUGAAAGGUUUUCUCCGGUUAAGCGAGCUAUACGAUCAGGAAAUAGAAAGAAUGAGAAACAGAGAAAUUUACCAACGCUGGCCUCUGAUUCAAGCUCGUGCAGCAGUGGUGCUACAGAAGAAGACUCGUUCACUCUCGAGCUGGGGUGGAGGUCUUCUAAAGACUCUUUUGGAGCUCCAGUGAAGAAACUAUUAGCAGAUGAAAUGUCCAAAGAGACUGAAAUAAAAAAGAGGUCGCCUAACGUAAUCGCCAAAUUGAUGGGUCUUGAUGGCAUGCCACCUCCAAGGACUGCUUAUAAUCAACAGAAAUGUCCAUCAGAGGACCAUUCACAGAGGUAUAUAUCAAAGGAGAAGGUGGAAAGGAAGGGCUCAUAUUGUGAUGUUCAGAUGACUAGGAGAAGCUCAAAGGAGCAACAAGAAUUUAAGGACGUCUUUGAGGUCUUGGAAACGUCAAAAACACAGCAAAGUAGAAACUCAGAUCAAGGAACUCCAAAAUUUGAGGUGACUGGAUCAGAAAUGGCAUUCAUUCGGCAGAAGUUCAUGGAUGCUAAGCGCUUAUCAUCUGAUGAGAAGUUACAUGAUUCAAGGGAAUUUCAUGAUGCACUUAAUGCGUUAGAGUCAAACCGAGAUCUUCUCCUGAAAUUUCUACAUCAACCAGGUUCAUUGUUUGCUAGGCAUCUGAAUGAUUUGCAAGAUGAUGGCUCCUAUUCCGGUCGAGAUUGCUUAACUUCUCUGGAGUCAUUGGACAAUAGGAAGUGUGAUUACCCUGUGUUUCGGGGCAAUUCAGAAAGGGGAACUCCUAAAAAGAAUAGUAGUAAAUCGAAUUACAACCGCCGGGGUGGUCCUUCCAGCCACUCUGACAGUUCUUUUUCCGGUCAUUCUUCAAAGUCUUCACCAAUUUUAGAAAGAAAAAACGAACUAGAACAUCUCCCCACGAGAAUUGUUGUUCUCAAACCAAAUAUUGGGAAAGUGCAAAAUGCUAGAAAUAUUAUCUACCCAUCGCAUUCUUUUCCAGAAUGUUCAGAUACUGGAGAAUUCAGAACUGUUGAAAGGAGAGCCAAAAAGGAAUUGAGGGGAAAGAAAGAAUCUCUAGAUAAAGUACUGUUUUCAAGGCAGAUUUACAAAGAAUCCACUGAUGAACAAACCAGGCAGAUUAGACAUGGAUUUAGUACGCCUCCCAUGAAUUUAACAUGCUCUGGUUUUCAAGGAUAUGCAGGGGAUGAGAGUUCUUGCAGCUUGUCCGGAAAUGAAUCUGCAGAAGAACCAAUGGUGAGGACUGUUGAUUUAAAAGGUUCCUCCAGCUUGAAUGUGGGAUAUCCGCGAUCAUCUUCUCGUCAUAAAGAGUCAUCUAUCAGUAGGGAGGCAAAGAAGAGGCUUACUGCUAGGUGGAGAUCCUCUCGAAACUCCGAGGAUAAGGGAGUUGUUAGUAGAGGCAGCAGUCUGGCUGACAUGCUUGCUGCACAUUUGGAUGCACGAGUUACAGAGGAAGGAUUCACAGAUAAAUUCUCUAAUGAUGAACAACCUGGUAGGGAAGUUGAACCUUUAGGUAUAAGCAGCAAUGAUGGCUGGAAGGAUGACUGUAGCCACUUAACCAGGCCAAGAUCUCUUCCUUCUUCAUCAAAUGGCUUUGGAAGUUCUAAAACUGUGCAUCUAUCUAAGGGUACCAACAAGCAUCUAAUCUCCAAAGAGAGUAAACGGGAAAAUAAUAAGGCUGUAAAAAAUAAUUUUGAUCAGAGGGAAUGUCUACCAUGCCAGAAAUCAAAAUCCAGUAAGAUAGCACAAGAGUGUUCGCUGCCUUCAUCCAGGCAAAGUAAUGACAUGUUACUACAAAUCCAAGUAAACCCGGAUAGCUUGAACACGCACUCCCUUGACGAUCGCUCAUCUAAAAUGACUUCUACGGAGUUUGAGGCAUCAUGUUCUAAUGUCGAUGACAGAAGUCGAAUUUCUCGAAGUGUUGAGGAUGUUAGACAUGCCUCCUACACAAUAACAUUUCCUGAAACACCUGAUGAGUUGCAGUUGGAGUCAGCAGAUUGCAUGUCAGCAAUUGGAAAUUCCUGUAUUGAUGACCGAGACAAUACAGUACACGAGGAAGGACCAUCUGUAGAAAGUCCAGCGCCGUCGCACAAAUCUGUGGCUGCGCUUGAAUCUCCAGCUAGCUCGAAGGAGGCUGAUCAGCCAAGCCCAGUUUCAGUUCUGGAACCUGCUUUUGGAGAUGAUAUUUCAUCAUGUUCUGAAUGUUUUGAGAGCGUCAGCGCUGACCUCCAAGGCCUUCGAAUGCAGCUUCACCGACUCAAGUUCGAAUCCGAAGCAUUCACCGACGGACCCAUGCUCAUAUCCAGCGACGAAGACGCAGCAGAAGCAUCUGCUGGGCUCUGCGAUGAGAAAAAGAAUGGUCUUUGCAGAGCAAUAGAUAGCUGGGAAUUCUCUUAUUUACUCGACAUCUUGACCAAUUCGGGCCUUAAUGAUGCCAAUCCAGGGACGCUAAUAGCAACACUGUUCUCAUCCGACUGCCCUAUCAAUCCAAAGAUUUUCGAGCAGCUUGAAAAAAACCAGAGCUGGCGCUGCCCUUCCUCCACAACACGGUCCGACCGGAGGCUGCUGUUUGACCGCAUAAACUCGGGACUCCUGGCGAUGAGCCGGCAGUUGAGCGACCCGCACCCGUGGGUGAGGCCUGUAAAAACACAGAUUGCUGCGACCAAGUGGAUGAAGAAAAAUGAGCUACAAAACAGACUCUGUAAGUUUCUCGACACCCAAUUAGUUAGAUAUGAUGUAGUAGAGGAGUCAGAGUGGCAGGAUUUAGGGGAUGAAAUUGAUGUGAUAGGUAACGAAAUUGAAAGGUUGAUGAUAGAUGAGCUUUUAGCUGAAGUAGUCACCAUGUGAUAUAGAGGAGUUGUGUUUUUUUUCUUAGGUCAUGAAAAUGUGUAAAUGAAAUGUUGAGUUAACCACUCAUUUCGUAAGAAGAUUCAAAUAAAUGAAUCAGUGACCUUGCCUCUCUCUCUCUCAGGGUUUUAGCAAGAAAAGAUGGUCAUGAAAUCAUACAAACAGUCUCUA